GCUGUGUGGCUGCAUCGGCGCAUGGUUGCAGCGCAGCAGAGCCGUUUUUUCCUCUUAUCACCACAGUGGGUCUAACGUUCGCCCCAGAAUGGAGACUAAACCGGUCAUCACCUGCCUUAAAACUCUCCUCAUCGUUUACUCCUUCGUGUUUUGGGUAAGUAGCGUUUUAUACAUCUCUACCCCCCUUCAUUGCCGCAGAGUAAUCGUUUAUAACCCAUCCGAAUGCCCCGUUGUGUGUGUUUUUUUGUGUGUGUGAUGAAGGGGUGGACACACCGCCAGCACAGCAUCAUCGACGGAUUUAUGCUGUUGUUUCAGACAUACGCCAGUGAUACACGGCGAUAGCUUCACCACUUUAUCGCUAAUUCGUGAAUUUAAUCGUUUUGUGUGACAUAGGUUAUGGUAAGGUUGCACACAUCGUGGCUGCUGGCUGGGCGUCAGUGUUGAGAGGACAUACGGCGCACACAUAGCAUCAUGGUUGUUGUCAGUUAGCGCGGUGGAGGAGGAGGAGGAUGUUCAACAUCACCAUCUGAUAAGAGCGACGUUAGAGGCCUGCUGUUGUUUGAUGAGGCCCGUGAAAUGACCAUUUUCUCUACACACAGGGAACAUUUAGUGCCCGUUGCAUAGGUUUUCUUAAAGGAACAUCGCACCGUGACCAUCGUCUCCUCCAUGAAUGAAAGAGCAACACCCUUGUAAAUCAAUUGAUUCCUUUAGGAAAACCCCAGCCAACGCAUUAAGUUAUUAUCCAGACAAACUUACAGCAUCUAAUGCAAUCAAAAUACCACUGCACCAUAGCCAUACCAUAGCACUGAACGUGGUCAGUCAGUAUUGAGUCUUAUAUUUAUGACUGUGACUGUAAAUGUUGAAAUUGUAGGCUGGUUUUGUGUAAUGAUACCCCAAAGUUUUCUCAGUAUUCUCAAAAAUAUGUGAAAUGUUCCCAUUAGACUACUACAUCAUAAUAUAUGUGAGCCCAUCCAUCCACUUGUUUUGGAUGGAAGUCAUUUCCAGUAUUUUCUUUUGUGCCUGUGAAACUCCUAGUAUCAUCUGCUAAAUGAAAAACAAUAAAAACUAACUAAACAGGGGUAAACAGUAUAUCAGUAUACAGUAUGUCUGCUUUAGGCUUCUGUAGGAUGUCAGUAAAAGCAGUAUAUUUCCGUAAUGGAUCAGCUGACAGUGGUUGGCAUUUUUGCUGAUCACUUAAAAAAGUCUUGCGCCCUAAAGCUCUUAGUUGACCAGUAGGUUUGUGGACUGAUUUCUGAUGGAACUCAAAAUAUUAGUAUUUAUUUUUUGUUAAAUGACAUGUCUACAAAAAGGUUAAGAUCAGUGCUUAAAGUGCAGACUUAAAAGUUUAAGGCUGUGUUGUUGUAUGAUACAGCAGCGUAUUGAGGUUAGGGCUGCAACUUAUACCCUCUUUUCAUGUCGGACAUGACAUGAAUAAUAGACAAGGGAAGACAACAAAGCCUUGCGGUGGACUGGUUUUUGUGAUUGACUUGCAUGAUUGUAAGCCUAUUAACCCAUUUAUUUAUUUAUUUAUGUGGGACACUGCCAACAUAUUUUAAUGCCCCAUAAAUUGAUUUUUCUUAUUUUCAGCACAUUUUGAGACUAAACUUUUGGUUGUUUACUCAAAUAUUGUAUAGAAGACCUAAGCAUGUUGGCUUUUGUUUAAAAGUAACAAAACUUCCAUCUAAUGUUUAUUUUCGUCUGACAAGAGGUUGUCAUUUUCUUAGCGACUAAAUAGAUUCCUUUAAGUUAGAAUGUAAAAAAACACGGAGUGUGUUUAAGAGUGACUUUAGCCAUGCUAAGCCUCUGACAAACCUUAGUGCUUCUGCGAUUUCCAGGUCAUAAAUAUUUAAAAUUUCUACUUAAACUGAGACUGCUACUUGUUUGUUUUCCUAGCUGGACUUUGCUGUUUGACACAGCUUUGUUUUUUUAGGAAGGACCCCAACUGAUCUGUCAUUUUGAAUGACUCAUACAUUAAACAUUGCCAUGGUAGAAAAACAAGCCAACUACAAAAAACUGUUUACGAAAUCCUAAUGUGAUGUCUCAAUGUAAGACCAUCAAAAAGAACUUAAAUGAUCUUUUAGAUUGAAUCAAGUGUUUUUUACACCUUAAACACACACACAGAUGGGAGGAUAAGGAAUGAAACUGGCGAGUUUCCAUAAAGAAGAUGGUUAAAUGACAGUUCUACCUUCUGAAUUAAAUGAAGACAACAUUUUAUGAGAGUUUUCAAGCACUGGCAAACGUCUGAAUCAAACUUCUGGUGGAUUUAAACUUCAAAGCCCGCUCUGAUUUGAAUUAAUUAAAAGCUUUUACAGUGCUAAGCAAAUAGCAUAUAAUAAGACCCAUUUGGAGAAUACAUUCUGAUAUUUUCACUCUAUGCUGGCACUUUGUCUCUGUAAGCCUCCUCGGGAUGUGAGGCAGCUGAUCGCACAUAAAGCAUAAUAAAUGAAGAAGUGGAGAAGUAAUUCUCAUGCCGUUUGGCUCUCAGUGGCUUGGUUUAGCAGGUUGUUUACCCUUAGAGUAGAUUUGAUCUGUGCAGGCAGCAAUCAGUCACCUUAACACCACAUAUCUGAAUAUGCGCCAAGCAAUUUGAGGAACUGUGAAAGCUUUUGACCAGAAAACUUGACCAUAAUUGUUGGUUAUAAACUGCAGACUUGGAGCGGCCAGAUAUAGUCGCACUUGAAUUAACUAAUAAGAACACGUGGGAAAGAUUUAUCUGUUCAUGAUGUGUUUAGGACCUGAGGAAAACGUUCUAUUUUUGCCCCCACAUUUCAUCUGGAUUCCAAACGAAAGCGAAGCAACUUGAUUCUGCAAAACCAGAAAUAGAGAUUGAAGAAGAAAGUUGCGGGGCUGAAAUAAGCGAUUCAGUUACAUGCCCAGGAUGAGCCUGAGCAGACACGUGAGGUGAUAUAGAUAUGAGGUUUUAUAUUUAGUCAGGAUUGGACAGUCUCUGGAUGCAUCAGGUUUCAGGCCUCUGAAGUGUUGAAGUAUCUCACAGCUCAAUGUGGACUUCUUCACCCCUGAGGCUGGAGCACAGACUGGUCCACACUGGGCACAGAGUUCAAAGGGAGAGAGUUGUGCUGCUUCAAUGUCAGGCUUAGUUUCGGUGUCAUCAACUUGUCCUGGCAAAUAAUAUCCUAAGUGUGAAUAGCUGCAUUGCCAUACUUUUAAUACGUACACACAUGCACACACGGGAUGAAUAAAUGCUGAGCAGGUGGUGGAGUCUGCGUGGUGUCCUCGCCAGCAUAUUUUGUCAUCGCACCUUCUGUUUCUUUAUUAGACCAGCGGGAGAGGAGGAGGGGAAGAGGGGUGACCUGUUUUAAACCCUGCGCUGUAACCAGGGUGGCAUUGAAUUUCAAACAAAACGUGUGGGGGGCUGCUCGGCUGUAGGAGGAGGAGGAGAAAGGAGGGAACAAUCUGAAGCUGUUUGACAUGCAGCAGCAGACAUGAAAGUCUAGAUGACUUGCCCCCCCCUCCACUUCUUGGACUUGAUUUCCCUGUUGGCUUCAAAAUGAACACUUUAGCAUUGACAAGAUCGUUCCUUAUUUGUAUGCAAGAGCAGCUCUUAGAGGUCCAGACAUUUUGUUGCUGAUGAUGUAGGCCAUAAACAGUGAGGACAUCGUCAUCUCGAGGACUGUUCUGUGAAAUGACAGUCAGCCCCGGCUGUUAGAAUCCCUGGUAAUAGAAACAGUGGAUGUCAUUACACACGAAUCAAAUCAUCGGCCCGCAGUCCUUCAGUUCAGUCAGACAGCGGCUGAGGAGCAGGAAUGUAAGAGUUGCGAUGAUUAGUCCACUGACAGAAAAUGACUCCACAACUAUUUUACAGACAGAAUUGAACAGUUUGGUUACUUUGUGGGCGAAAUGCCAAACAUUUACUGGUUUUAGAUUUUUGUUUUUUUAAAUUUGCAAUUUUGCACAUGGCAGUAAAUUCAAUAUCCUUUUGUGUCAGAUUAUUGCUGUGAAAGACAGGAAAUAUGGAGAUGUAAUUUUUCAGCCCCAGGAAAUGAAACAGAAUAUGAUGCUUUUUAGAUGUAACUAGGGCUGGGCGAUAAAACGAUAAUGAUAUAUAUAUAUCAAAAAUUAAUUUCCCUAGAUGUCGAUAAACAUGGUCAAUGUGCUGUUUGAUAGCCAACAUUCUGCCAUAGCCAAUGAAAAGGGGAGUUCCUCGGGUCUGCGCCGCGCUGAACUGUUCAUACAGUCUGCUUUCUCUAGCGCGAUGCCUUACGACAAAACAACGAAGAGACACAAAGACCUCACAGAUGCAGUAGCUUUAGGCCUGUCGCGAUAAUCAAUAAAUCGCCUUAUCGCUCGAUAAAUAAAAACGAGGUCGGUCAUUUUGCCAGCCUCGAUAAUUGACGUGCGUUUGUUUUCCUCCUCUCUCGCUACCAAACACGCUGGAUGAGAGAAGAGGUCUCACUCUGCGCAUUGUUCUCGGCACCUGGGGGCGUUGGCUCUAUAGCGGAAUGAACGGAGUUAGUGAACCCUCCUGUCAGUCAUUCAGUGUCUUUGUCACGAGGGGGCUGGCGCGCACAGGCACACAGACACAGACUUUUGGAUACAGUGCUGCAAGUGAGCGUCGUGAGUGAAAAGCAAGCUAACAGAAUGAACACGACAGCUUUGGUGUCUAAACCGAACGCAACAGCCCAAGUGUGGGAAUAUUUCGGCUUUAAACCAGUAUUGUUUUCGUCAACCACAAAACUCCACGUGUGUGUGUGCGCGCGCGCGUGCGUGUGUGUCUGUGUGUUGGAGGAGCACAGCAGGCUGAUGAGAGCUGUCAGAGCGGACUGAAGCUGCUCCUAUAUGUUUAGCGUUUAACUGACUGAGUUUUGCAACUCUGUUCGUCAUUUUCGUCUCGUCCCAUCAACGUAAACGCACUUUCGUCUCGUCACAUUUUAGUCAUCUCCGACUUAUGUUUAGCUCGUCAACGUUACGUCUUCGUCGUGGGAGAAAAGGGAAAUAUUUUAGUCAACGAAAACAACCAGUGUUGUUCUCGUGUGGAAAUUAAAGUUUAUCACUUUUGACACGGUGUACUCGCAUUAUUAUGCCAUAUAAUAUCAUUAUCUAUAAUUUAAAAAAUGGUGUCAAUAAUAUCGUUUAUCGGCGAUAAUUUGUAGCACAAUUAUCGUCCAGCAAAAUUUGUUAUCGUGACAGGCCUAAGUAGCUUAUUGUAUUGCAAAAGACAUGCUACCUAUAAGCACUGUAAAAUUUCAUUUAAGAGUAACAGGAAACAUUUAAGAUUGACAAGUGAUUUUUUUAAUAUCGUGAUAUCAGCUGAUAUGAAAAAAAUAUAUAUUGUGACAAACUUUUUUCCCAUAUUGCCCAGCCCUAGAUGUAACCCUACUGUUUCACCUUUGUUUAUAUACACCCUUGUUUGUAUUAAUGUGGAAGGUUUGAGAGGUAACAUUCCUGGCAUGAAUGCACCCCCAUUAUAAUUCUUCAACUGCUGUUCCUUGAAUGGCCACUUGGGGCUGGCUCCAAAGUGAAUCAAAUCCUGUAGACCCGUGUUGAAAUGUCAGACUUUACAGUUGUUGUAGGCAUCAAUAGCAAAUUUCUCCAUAAUAAAUAAUUUGUUUCCAUUAAAGCAUAUCAAGGCGUAUAACCAUACAGAAGAUUUAAACUUUACAGUAUAUCAUAGAGUCAUUUUGGGGUUAAAAAAAACCUAAUCAUUAUGAUGCAACAAACAGGGGUCUUGAUUUUCAACAUGGAAACUGUUCUGGUUUCUAUUUGUAGUCCCAGUAGGAUUUACGAGUUUGAAGAUGUUGUCCUGGGGGAUGUAAUGGAGCGAGAAAUGAAAGCAUUUAAAAUGCAGACAUCAAUGCUGCACAGACAGGAAGGUGGGAAAAAUAAUGCAAAUAUUUCAUAGAUCGAGAGCUCACAGCUAGAUGAUUAACAGCCUUUAUGUUCAUUCAUUAUAUGGGAUAUUCUGAGUUAUCUCAGGACGUCACUGUGGUCACAGUCAUAACCUCACCCGCUGAGUGUGAUGAUUCAUCUUUUAGUUCUUGGCUAUGUUUUUUGUUGUUGUUGGACCUGACUUUUCAAACAUUUAUGCACAUUUAUUGUACAAAAAUAUAACACAAUAUGGGCAAAUGCCAGCAAAAUUAAACAGACAGUUCUUGGAAACAUUUGAAACACACUAAUUUAAUCACUCCAUGUUGUGAGUAUGUGGUCAAUCUCCAUCAAGUGCCAUGCAUGCCUCAGGAGAUUCAUCAUUUUAACUGCCCUCAUGGCAAAGGAGUAAUUGACAGGUUUUGCUAAUGUCAUAUCAACCACAGUGAGAGUAACAUGUCAUUUAAGUUAAGUACAGACUUAAUGGUAAUAGGCAAAACAAUCUAGUUCUAAUGACCUACUAACCAACUCAAUACUUUUCAGAGCAAAACAUGUUCAUGACAGCCUUUAAAAUAUGGUUCAUAGUUUAGAGUGGUAAUAAGGUGAAUAUAUGUUUUAUGUAGAUUCUCAAGUAUGGGUGGACUUUCAAAUGUAUGGACAAUAGUUUCAGCCUUAACUUGAAUAUUUAGCUUUAGGUUGUUCUCUCCUCUAGAGCAGCCACACAGUGUGUUUUCAUGCCUGUGUUCCCUCUCCCUGCGAUUCUUUCUAUAAACUCACCCUCUGCUGAAACCCAGUGUCCUUGUGCGUCAUAGUGUUUAUGGAAAUUCAUGCGUGGAUGUUUGCAUGAGACACGAUCAAGUUCAGGCAUUUCACACUGCAGCUAGAGUACGCAUCUUAACGUGACUCAGAUUUUGAUCCCAAAGUGACUCCUGAAACUUGGAACCGAAUUCAGAUCAGUGCGGCGGUGAAAUCAGAGGCACGCUGAUGAGCAAAUGUUUGUCCAGUUGUUGUAUACAAACCCUGCCAGGAGUUCAAAGUGUAAAUGUUGUGAAGACUAUUUUACCUUCAAGCGGUGAGAACCAACUUUUCAGGCUUGUUGGUGAAAUAAACAUAGCCCUCUUUUUAUGACAACCAUUAAUGUCCUACCAGUGAAAUUUUAAUAUUUUUUAGAGGUUUUGUCUAUGAAACCACCUUAACUAAACCAUUUUACCAAUACUCAGCUAUUUAAGCUGGUAAUCAUGUCAUUAAAGCCACCUGAGACAUUCAUAAAUUCAAAACUUUGAGCUUGUUAUUGUCACUCACUUUAAAGUGGUCCAAACUGGUCCUUGUUUUUAGUGCUUUAGUAUAACAACUGACAAAAAAAAAAAGACCUUUUAUAAUCUUGUAAUUGGUUGAUCCCUAUAACCAUACCAGGAAACCAAUGUCAACUCAACUGUCAAAACAACCUCAGGAUGCUGGUACAACUGCGUUAGAAUCACUGCUUUGACCUUUAAUAAAUGAGGGAAUAUGGGAGCCAAAGUGUUUGUAAUGAUAAAAGAUUUAUCUCUAACAGCUCCUAAUCACUCGUUCAUCUUUGUCAUUUUCACAUAACACGACAUUUAACCUUGGGGAAUUAUUGACUGCUUCCUAUGAGGGAAUUUAUCAUCUUAUUGGCUUAUUUUCUGUGAAGAGUUGAGGCGAUCGGUUUCAUCAGUCAGAGAGGUUUCAGGGUGCACAGAGACAUUUUGUACAUGCUGCGCCAUCUCUAACCAGAGGGCCUGGCAGCGGGACGGCGAGCAGCCUCCUCUUGGAAGAAAACAGGGUAGUAUGAUGACUUGGCCCUCGCUAGAAUCAGAUCAUCAGCAGCCGUUCCACACCCCGUUCUGUUUCCAACGCCAGCAAGACAUACCCAGCUGAGACACACGCCGCUUCAGCUGCCUAGUACAACACACUCUUUUAUCCGCAGCCUUCAUUUGAAAUGCUAAGAGAGGCGCAACAGGAGGAAGCGUCUCGCUUGGGAUCAAAGAGCUUCUUUGACAUGGCCCCUUUCUUUUUCCGUUUGUGUAUGAGUGAGUGCAGGCAUAUUCAUAAAGCAGGUGAUCGCAAUCCCGCACUCUAGAUAAAUGUGUGUCUCUGUCUGCCGUCUCCUCCCCCUCACUCUAAUUGCUCUCCUUUCUUGUUCCACCUUGAUCCUCUUUCUCCUCCUCCCCCUUGCAACGCUGCUAAAACACAGCUUUUGUAACGCUGCAGCAACACAGAGAUAAAGGCCUGUUCCCCUGCUUUCAUUCUGUUUCCUGUGCUCUCUCUCUGUUACAUGCAACUCUUCAACUUCUGCCCCGCAGAUAACAGGAGCCAUCCUGCUGGCAGUUGGAGUAUGGGGGAAGUUGAUGCUGGGCCCGUACAUUUCUCUGAUAGCGGACAACUCCACCAACGCUCCGUACGUCCUCAUCGGGACCGGGACUGUCAUCAUCGUUUUUGGCCUUUUUGGAUGCUUCGCCACCUGCAGAGGAAGCCCAUGGAUGCUGAAGCUGGUAGGAAGGAUGGGGUGUUAUGUUGCAGGGAGCGCUUAGAGCUUUGUGGAUGCUGAAUAAUUAGCCUCAGGUCACAUGAUAGAAGGAAUAAUGGUUGACCUCCAUCCUGUGGAGAGGGAUCAGAAAUCCAAUAAAUGCUACAGGGCACUUUGUUCAGUUAAUGGUGGUCAAGUGUGUGCGCUGGAGUAUGUGUGUGUACAUGUGUAAGUGUGCAGGCAUAAGCAAAUACUGCCCAACAAAGGUAGAGGAUUUUAUGCAAACCAUGCAAAUCUUCCUCCUCUCUCUCUCUCUUUCUCUCUCUCUCUCUCUCUCUUUCUUUCUCUCUGCAGUAUGCCAUGUUUUUGUCCCUGGUCUUCCUGGCUGAGUUAGUGGCAGGAAUCUCUGGAUUUGUGUUUCGCCACGAGGUCAGUAGACAGAUCACAGACGUUAAUUGAAAAGCAUUUAAAGCCACGUAUAAAACCCCCUCGUCUGAGUACAUGUGUAUGAUGUCAUGGUGUAGAUAAAGGGGACCUUCCGCAGGACAUACAAUGACGCAGUCCUGAACUACAACGCUGAGGACGAGGCGAGCCGUGCCGUUGACAACAUCCAGCACACUGUGAGCCCCUUAAUACAAACUCAACCUACAAAUACAUAAGCAAAGAUGCACUUUAAUGCUCAGGGUUUUGCAGUUUUCAUACUUUAUUUGAUGAAAUCCUGUGAAAAAAAAAGUAAAAACAACCAGCAACCUUAUCCUUUACAGAGAAAGCUUUUCUAUGGCUUUAUAAGGCAUUACACUCACUGCUAAUGUAGGGAUACGCUUACCUGUUUUGGUUAGUGGACAAUAGAAAACACAUAAUGCCAACCUUAUGUUUCACUCUUCAUCUGUUCUUGUGUCUCUCCAUAUACGUGUAGCUGCGCUGCUGUGGAGUGUAUAACUACACCAGCUGGCUCGGCAGUGUGUAUUACCCAUCUAAUGGCAUUCCUGCCAGCUGCUGCUUUAACUCCUCCGACUGCAACCUGGAAGACCUUCGCAAUGCAACCGUAGCCCCGAGCAAGGUCUACCACCAGGUCGGUAUCUUAUUAUAUUUCCCACUUCUGGCCUGUCUGCUCAUAAGUGCUCAGUUUAUGACUGACUGUCUCACCAGUCUGAAGAUUACAGGUCCUCAUUCACCUUUUCAUGCCCUCUUCCUCUUCCAUUCCUCUAACAACUGCCUCAGAUAAUCUCCCAGUUAUCCGUCUUGCCCCUCAUUUGCACAUAUAAUUUGUCCCUGUUCCCUCUGCCGACUAACCUGCCCCCUGUGUUUCAGGGCUGUUACGAGCUUGUCACUUCAUUCAUGGAGACCAACAUGGCCAUUAUUGCGGGAGUGACGUUUGGGAUUGCCUUCUCACAAGUAAGAUUUCACUGUAUUACGUAUCACUGCAUUAGUGACUCUCUUAUUAUUUAUAAGGCUGCUUUUUUUUCUCUAAUAUCGGGUGCAAAAGUUCUGUUGACUAAAAAACAUUGUGGUAGUGUAGUGUUGUGUUGUUCACGAACGAUUCAUUCAACAGAACCGAAUCUUUUAAGUGACCGUACUGAACUGAAUCACGUCCUCGAGUGAUUUGUUCGUUUCUCACUUCAGUUGAUCUGAAGUGAGAAACAGCAUUGCCAGUCGAGCAGCCGGCAAACGAGGGACCCCAUGCAUUGACGCCUGAAUCACUUGGUGAACGAAUCACGCAUUGAACUACACUCUCUGGAGUUUGCAAGGAAACGGUGCAUGUUCAGUGUGAAUUCUUCUAAACGUUCAGUGAACGGAUCACUCACUGACCCCAACUUACUGAGCAGACCUGAUGAAUACCAUACCAAAGACAGUACACUUCAAACAUCAUGACUUAUAAACAAGUUCAUUUCGAAAAACCUGUUUGCCAUAGCAACACAGCCAAACACUCUCUUCUCCCGGUCCCAGAAGCUAUGAAUUCAACUGAACCCUGAAACAUUCAGCUGUGUAUCAGUUCAGGAGGUCGGAGUCGCAGGCUUCUCUCGCCGAGGGCUAAACGAUUCAGUGAUUUGGUGAACAAAUCUUUUGAACAAAUCUUUUCAGUUAACUGAUUCUAGUGAUUCAGUACAUCUAAAAGAACUACCAUGCCCAUCACUGUGUAUCUUAUUGAGCAAAUCUGACAAAUGUCAUCACUUUUAGACUGAUCAACAACUAAUAAAACAAUAAUUACAGAGAGUCUGGAGGAACUGUGGGAUUUUGAGUUAACACAACCUCUCCGGUUACCCAUUAGAAACUGUAAGGCUACAGCUAAUGUUAGCAUCAAACCACCUCCUAGCUUGAAUCAUUGUAGGUUAUAGGAUAUGAAAUGAGGGUGUAAAUUCCUCGCUAAUGUGAAUUGCUUAAAUGCAAACGUAAGCUGGGAAGUCGUUAAAUGCUGAUGUUUCCUGUUGUGUCUUGGAAGUCGGACUCUAAUGAGUUAUAAAAAAUGUCUUUUACAGGUGACAAAAGUAACAAGAAAUUUAUAUUACUGUAUUUCAUAUAAGAACAGCUUUUGUAAUAAAACUUAAUAGGUAAUAAAACAAGGUCUAAUUUUACUGGCCCAGCGACUUUCGGUAAUGGCUCACUGGGAUGUUUAAACUGAAUGGAGCUAUUGUGUUAUUAAUAGCACUUGUGCAUUAAGUCGAAAUGUACUAAAUAUAUUGGAAAUGCCAAAAAUAGACAACUUAUUAACUUCUUGUCAUUAGAUAAAAAUCAACAAAUGAAGAGCAACAAAUGGUUUUCUUCUCAAAUUAUGUAAAAUUUUUUAAAUGUUUUUCAAAAUAUUUUUAACCCCAAACAUGAAAAAAACCCAAACAAAGCCAUUGUGUUUUUCUUUCAGCUGAUUGGCAUGUUGCUGGCCUGCUGUCUGUCCAGAAUCAUCACAGCCAAUCAGUACGAGAUGGUGUAGCUGAUGUGACGUGGCAGGUGAGAAAUCAAAGGUACACACACACGCACACACAGAACAAACAUAUUCAUCCAGAGUUAAAGCUGCUGUAACAGUUUUUAAAUCUCCUUUUUUACUUUGCUAGUAAGUGUUUUGAUUUAUUUGGUUUUUUCAUAUGUUUAAGUCUUGCAUUUGGUUGCAUGUGAGCAAAAAGUACCUUCAAUAAACUCAGCAUCCAAACUAAGAUGAACAAAGAUAGCAGGUGUCUGCUGAUGGAGCAGAAACUUGAGCUGCAAAAGAGCUACACACUCUCUCAGAUCAGAGUAAAACUAAAAAAAACAGACUUACCAUGAGACUAAAAUUUGGCGGUUUUCUAAAACACAUUUUCGGACAAAUACAAAUGUUAGCUCUUGUUUUAUGUGGAUCUUAACUCACACUUUUCCCCUGGCAACUUCUCCUGGUAAUAGCAAUGUGUUUUUUAGUUUGUUCUGCUGCCCCCAAGUGACCAUAAAAUCAAAAAAAACUGCAGGUUUCAUUUCUUCUCUUACCUUUACUCUGUGUUUUUGUCAUCUUAGGGAGAUGAAGAGAAGAAGAGACAAGGAGCCUUGACACAUGAAAAGAGUAAAUUCCUGAAACCAUCACAUGUCUGAAUUGGAAUUUAUAUCCUCCGUCUCUCUGCCUGACCUUAAUGUAAUAUCUUAAUGUAUCUUAUUGUAAAGCACCAUUCCUCGACUCACUGCUGUUACAUCAAAGCAUUCUACACCGCACAUCCCACUGCUGCUUGAUGUAGAAGUUGCUCAUUGGCUCAUAUCUUGGAUCAGUAAAGCCUUGAACAGGCAGGUAAACACAGCACAGCUAUCUAUGUUGACAGCUGUGUUGGUCUCCUAGAGGCAACUGGAUGACACUUUUCCUCUGAGUUGGUCGCAGCAUGUUUCAUCAGAAGAACACUGCACAUCUUUGUACAGACUGACAUGACUUAAGCUUGAAGUUAAUACUUUAAUAGAUAGGUUUAGUUUUGCAUUUGACUUUGCUAUUGCUUACCAUUGUAUAUUAUUAAUAUGGUUGUGACAUUUUGUGCACUGAUCAUGCGUACUGAAGAUAUUAAUUUACAUUUUUAUGAUAACAAAGAAAAGUGAGAAAGUUAAAUUUUGGAAAUGGUCAGCAGUUUUUAGGCUUGAGACUCUUUUUUGACUUUUUUAAGCUUUACUCCCCAGAUGAAUACACGAUUAUGAAAAUACUUCCUUACUGCACACCGAUACUUUCUGGGUCAGAAAAAAAUUAAUUAAUCCAGCAAAAGAACAAAUAAGUGAAGCUUUCGAACAAAUCAGUUGUGUUGUAAACAUGAGGGCGGGUCAAAUCCAAAUAAAUUUAUUUUAAUCCAAAGACCAAGUCCUACCAUAGAGUCCUCCCUGUGACUAUGCAACAAUUUAAUGUAAUAUGCUAAAACAGCCCCCUAUAAUUUAGCUCUCUGUUGCCUAAAAGUUGGUCAUGGGAUUACAUCCUCAGUCAUGAAAUCAAAAUGACUUGCUUUUGGUUUAAUGCUGUGUGGCUCCUUGAAAAAAUUUGAUAGUGUGGAACUUAGGCUGUGUCCGAAAUUACACAAACAUCCACUUCCACUUGCAGCUUCCUACUCAGUAAGUUUUCUGUCGUGGACCCUCUAAUCGAGCUCAUAAACACCAGAUAUGGGUAAUGUAACCGCCCUAUGUUGGUCUGGGAAAAAAAAAAGCAUAAAUUCAAAUCAAAGUUACAUAGAUCCAUUUUGGUUUAAGUAUCCAAAUAUUGCUCUUCUUAUUACACCUUUUUUCUUUGCACAGGUAGCUUGGUUACAAUGCAUUGUGGGACAGUGAGUCCAUUACAAAGGGUAUUGUAAUUCUUGUUCAUAAUUUGGACAGCACUUACAGUUGCAAAUCCUCUUUUAGUACACUACAAAGUGAGUUGUGGGUGAUUUUGGACACAGCCUACGUGCGAACAUGUGCAUUUUUUGAAGUAGCCUCUACAACUGAUAAUAACAGUAAAGAGUUUUUAUUGUAAUGAAGUGAUUUUUCAAUUUUAAACGCUGAUGUGACCUUUCAAACCAAGUUUAAAAGAGGUAUGAUUAACAUGCCUCAAAAGUAAAGUUUUAAGCUGUUUGGGACACCUGCGAUUAAAAAUUAGCUGUCACCUGAGUGCACUCUUAGACUUUCUGUCCUUAGAGUUUUUUCUUAUUUAACCCAGAGGAAAGAUGAAAAGUGGAGAAAUUUGUCAAUUAAAGAGUGAAAAUGUAAAGAUUGACACAGAAGUUUAUAUCCUGCCAACUUUCACAUCUUCGCACACCUCAGGACUCUGUGUGUGAAGGGUGGCCUUAAUUAUCAGAUAGUAGGUUCUGGAAUUUGCAAAGACUGUCACAUCAAGCCCUCGAAUACCCAUGUUGGAAAAGUUUGUACAAACCAAAAGAAGUUGACAAUUCAGCAAGCUUAAUGUGAAGCAUCCGUAAACCUGAGAAGUGGUUCUGAAUUUUUCCUACCUAUGAACAAACUUAAUUCCAAAAUGUUUAUCUUUGAGUAUCAACUCAACACCAGCUAAUAUCUUGUUCUUGCAGACCUCUACUGGUUACAGUUCUCACAUUGUUGCUGUAAUAUACAGGUGUACCUGAGAUCACUGUCGAAAGAAGGUUUCAGUGAAAUGCGGUUAAAUUCCCGCCCAAAAGAGGUCAGCAGAACCCUUUAUAUUGGAGUCAUACUAAAUUAUGAGGCUGAUAAGUUGUUGUCUUCAGGUGGAAAAAUUAAUGCCAGCUGUUUGUACAGUGAGAGAACUCAACAGUGUUCAUCUAGUAUUAACAGUAUUCUCUAUAGUUAACCAACAUCCCAUCAUCAUCACUGUCACCUGUAGAUAUUUAUUGGAAAUGUAAUUUAUAUGAUGUAAUGUUUCUCAGUCUAAUAUGCUAAUCAGUAUCAAUGUCGUGUCACAGUUUUGAUUCCACACUUGCUGUGCUGUUAAUCUGUAUUUGUUUGAUAGUUUGUAGAAAAAACUCGCACUGAAAAAAUACUUGUGGCUACUGUUUUAGUUGAGUGUAACUUGUAGCUGUUGGAAUUUAACUGAAUAUUUAUUAUGGUUUGGUUGGCAUUAAGUUUACAGUUUAACCAAGUGAUUUUUUUUAUCUCUCUUUUAGGAUGUGUGGACGAGUGUGGGUGAUUUCUUUACUUGACUGUGUUCUUAACCUUAAGUGUGUGCUAUUCUUUGUAUGAUAUGGUGUGUAAGUGAGAGAGAAAGAGACAGAGAGAGUCUAGUUAGAGCUAGUUGAACCUUUUGUAUUUACUUUUGGUCAGUAUUAUGUUGUGGCUUUUCAAACCUCAUUGCUUUUAAAGCUGUACAUUUAUUUGGUGAAUGUAUGUUUUUUUUUUUCCAACACUUCUAUAACUUUUUUCCCUUCCUGAGCUGAUAUUGUCCUGUAAAUACUAAAUUGUAAUACCAUCUAGCUUACACAUGGGGUCACCAGACACUCAGAAGCAGUUUCACUCGCUGUCUACUAUUGACUAAGUCACCAUCAGUGGUCUUAUUAUCAAUAAAUAUACUGAAUAACAGAUGUUGG